AUGAAUUCUCCAAUUUCAAUAACAUCUUCACCAGCAUCAAUUAUUUCUAUCCCAUCCUCACUAGAUGAAAUUACUUCAACAACAAUCCAACGAGUUUUCUCAUCACCAGAAGUAAAAGAAGUUCUAACGACACCAGAAUUAUUAUUACAUAUAUUUUCAUUUGUGCCUGUUCCAGCUUUAAUAAAUAAUUGUCGUCUCGUAUCUAGAUUUUGGUGCCGUAUUGUUAACAUACCACCGAAAAUUAUUGCUCACAUCAAUUCACUUAAAAAAACUAAAAUUUAUAUUCUUGCAAAAACUACAGUAUAUGAUCAUAGUACUAGUGUUAGCGUUGUGGGAGCAUAUACUAAUGAAACUAGAGCAACAAAUCAAUUAAUUCGUAAUUAUAUUGAUGAAGUUAUUAGUUAUGCACCUCAGUAUAGUCCUGAUGGCUACUCAUCCGAUGGUUUUGAUGGCUCUGUUGGCUUUGUUGGUGGUGAUGAAGUUAGAUCAACUGGGAAAAGAGAUGGACUAGGUAGGGAAGGAUUAGUUUGGGAAUUGAAAAGCAUUACAUUGGAUACAAAAGUUGAAGUUGUAGAAGAAAAGGAUUAUGAUGAUGAGGAUUAUGAAUAUUUAUGGGAGUAA